AUGUUCCUUUUAUUACAGGUAACAUCGUCGUCCGUCCUAUGCACAAUGUCCCUGGACGCGGUGAGUUUUCUAUACAAUUUGACAUUUAAAUUGUUUUCGGCGUAUUGCUGUGGAGCAGAGAUGUUGGGAAUUCCGUGUUCCGUGUUCCGUGUUCCGUGUUCCGUGUUCCGCGUUUUUUUCAAUAUUUUUUCCGUGUUCCGUGUUCCGUAAAAAAAAAUUUCCGUGUUCCGUAGAAAUAAGUUUUUUCCGUUUUCCGUGUUCCGUGUUCCGUAUAAACUAUAUUUUCCGCGGAAAAAUUCGAUCACAAAUUUAUCUCCGGAAAGAUUAGGACAAUUGACGUUUUGUGGUCAAAAUUUGAAAAUUUUCGGAUUCGGACCAUAUUCGUGAAAAGUGGAUUCCUGUUGGUUUUGUUAUUUUUAUGAAAUUUUCAGUAAAACUUUCACAUGAGUCAAACAGCUGCCUUGUCAGUCAGAUAAUCGAAUUAAACAAAACAUUAUUUUUAAAAAAAAUCACUGGAAUUCUCUUGAAAACGCUUUUUUCCGUGUUCCGUAAAAAAAAAAUUUCCGUGUUCCGUGUUCCGUGUUCCGUGUUCCGUAGAAAUAAGUUUUUUCCGUUUUCCGUGUUCCGUGUUCCGUUAAAAAAAAAAUUUCCGUUUUCCGUGUUCCGUAGAGUAAAAUUUUUAUUCCCAACAUCUCUGCUGUGGAGCGCUUCAUCGUAAACUUUUCUCUACAGACUCUGGAGAACAUCAACGGCACUCUGGAGCAGGUGGCUAGCCUUCUCAAGGCCGUCGAAAUGGCCGUUUUCAUUCUGGCCAUCGCCGUCGGCAUCGCACUCGUCGGUAACGAAUUUUUUUUUGUUGCAUUUUCGAAUGAAUAUCAAAAAUCGUACAAAACGAUGCACGUGUGCUUCAGGAUGCACGGGCACCUUCUUCUACUCGAAAUACAAUCAGAGAAAUCAGUACAAAGAGCUGCAGAAUAACAAUAGUCCGAACACGACUUUCGGCCGCCGAACCCCGCCUUUGAAAAGCCAACGAGUCUAG